AUGGAAUCCAUAUCUUACCAUCCUAUUCUGAAACUGACUCAAGAUGACGUUACACAUGUCCGAAAGUUAUACAACUUAGACGUAAAGAAAAUAAAUGAAAAUUUGGACGCUAUAGAAGAAUGGAUUAAAAAACAAGACCAUCUGGUUGAAUCGUUACCAUAUAUGAUUAAAGAAAAAAUUGGAAACAGAAUUUUUAUCCACAAUUCGUAUGAAGAACUUUACGAAGAAAUUCCUAAAGAAAUCCUUCCACAAGAAUACGGAGGUGAUCUUCAAAGUUGCAGUAAGCUUUCUGACGAAUUGAAAAAUUACCUGAAAUCAGAUGAAGCAAGAGAAGUAAUAGAACAUUCUAGUAAAAUCGUUUCAAACGAAACAAGACGAAAUUGUAUUCGAUUCAACGAGGAGUAUUUAGGCAUGGCUGGUUCUUUUAAACAGUUGAAUGUGGAUUAA